AGUUUUCAUAAACUAACUGAUUUGGAAAUAUAAUCUUCAUUGCGCAUCAGAUCAAAUCUAUUUCUGUCGAACUCGCCGUCAAAAUCUAUAUCAUUAACCGAUGUUGUAAAUCUGCAAUGCAUCAGGAAGCGAAAUAUGGAAGAGAUACUGUUUUCAAGAAAACUUGAGAACUGACGGUUGAUAGUUUGACCCUUUGUUUUUAGGAAAUUCCCCAAUAGGAAUAUAUCCAACCAGUUCCUUGGAGAUCUGGGAAGAAUUAAUCCAUCGAGUAACCAAUGCCCCCAUUAAACUGUUUCAUUAUUGGUCAUAUUCAUUUCCCUGACUUCCUCACUUUUCCACACUCAGCCUGCUUGAGUAGCGUCUGAAAGAUUUCUGCUGUUGCUGCUUUCCGAGGAAUCCUAUUUCGUGUUGCUACUUGCGCAGAUGCACGGCUUGCUUUAAAGAUGUUCCUGAACCUGCUCUCCAUUUCGCACAUAUUUUGUUCUCAGUUUUAACUAACUGAAAUGGUUCUUGAUGAUAUUAUGCCACAGAAGUCUUAAGACAAGAACACUUCGGACCUUUCAACAAUGCUUACCACAGAAAAGACAUUAUCUGCAUGGGCAUGGGUAACGUUUUCAAUAAGCUCAUUUAUUGUUGAAGGUGGAUUAUCAAUGCAUUGCCAUGAUGUUCAGUCCACUUCAAAAGUGGUCCAGCUACAUUCAUCUCUGUCGCUGGCUUGUGCAUUUCGAAGGGAGUGCUUUGAAUCGUUAGAGGCAAAUGCAAGUCUUAUAUUCUGGAAAAUGAAUGAUACCAAAAUGACACAAGAGCAAUAUCGUUUCAAUGAGACCGUUUCGAUUGUAACCAUAAAGCAUUUUGAUGCAGUGAAGGGAUAUUUGACAUGUCACAUUAAUAUCAAAGGAGCACCGAACAUCCUCCACCGAUUUACUAUUAAAGCAGGAUUGCCACCUGAAAAGCCGAAAAAUAUUUCCUGUGUUUCAUACCGAGAGAAAAAUUUUACUUGUUCCUGGGAUCAAGGGCAUGAAACAUUUAUAGAGACUAGUUUUACAUUAAUUCGAAUAAUAGAAAAAAACGGAAAUGAUACCUGCAUGAACUCAAAGAAGAACACUUGUUCCUUUCUUUUCCCACAAAUGCACAUCUCUGGACAUCACAAAAUGUUUGUAGUGGCGGAGAAUGCUCUUGGCCGGGCUUGGUCUGAUCCUUUAAACCUGGAUGUCUGGCAAACUUACAGAACCGGACCUCCGCAGAAUGUAAGUGUUUUCUCUAUCCGGGGCCAAAGUGGAUCACUACUGGUAACCUGGCUAAAUCCCACAGCGCUGUUGCCAGAUGUUGGUUUACUGUAUAACAUCCAAUACAAAAUGGCCGGUGCCACCAAAUGGAUUCAGGUAACAGAAAAAGAAGAAAUUAUUAAUAAUUCGUUUGUAAUUAAGAAUCUCAAACCCUUCACUAAUUAUACAGUAGCUGUGCGAUGCAUUGGUAAGGAGCAGACCAAGUGGAGUGACUGGAGUUCCAAAGAAACUGGAUUAACUGGUGAAGCUAAACCAUUGGCAGCACCAGAACUAUGGAGACAAAUUAAACAUCCUGAUUCUCAGGGGAAUAAAGAGAUACAUCUUCAAUGGAAGGCUUUGAACAAGUCCAAAGCAAAUGGAAUCAUAUUGGGAUACAGGAUACGGUCUGAGAAACGAACCGAUCACACAGUGAUACAAGAGGAUAACACAACAUCUUUGAAUUAUUCCUUAUUGCUAACAGAUGAAGCAUAUGUUCUUACCGUCGUUGCUUAUAAUUCAGCAGGUGACUCUCCUGAGGCUAUCUUGAUAGUUCCAGCUAUAAACGACACAGAUACUACAAGUGUUCAGUAUGUUAACGUUACAUCACAGAAUAACCGACUGCUCAUUCAGUGGACAUCUCCAACUUGGCCAGAUAAUGGAUAUAUCAUUGAAUGGUGUUUGUUUUUGGAUACAAACCCCUGUGCUGGACCACUGCACUGGCAACAUGAAGAAAACACUACUGAAAUGGUUUAUCUACAUGGGGACUUUGAACCAUUUGUGUGCUAUAACAUCUCUGUUUAUGCGGUGUUCAAUGAAGGUCCAGGAAAUCCACUUUCAAUACUAGCAUACCUACAACAAAGCUAUCCAGCAGAAGGCCCAGGUGUCACUCAUAAAAUAAUGGGAACAGAAGCCCUGCUUAAAUGGCAGGAAAUCCCAUUGGAAAAGCGACGUGGGUUCAUCACCAAUUACACUAUCUUCUAUAAAUCUGCCGUGGAUGAAAAUGCUGUACCAUUGAAGCCAAAUGUUUUUGAAUACACACUGAAAACUCUGCAGAAAAGUACUGAAUACUCUGUGUAUGUAAUGGCAUCAACGGUGAAAGGAGGUAAAAAUAGCAGCUUGAUUUUCUUCAAAACAAAUGGGAAUGAGCAAGAAGAAAUCGUGAUGAUCGUGGUGCCUGUACUCCUCUGCUUAUUGCUACUGAUGAUUGGAGUGUUGGCUUGUUUUAACAACCAACGUAGGAUUAAAAAAUGUUUUUGGCCUGAAGUUGCAGACCCAGCAGGAAGUAGUAUGGCUGAAUGGUUGCAAAAGCAACAAACUAAGAAUGCUCAUGUUCUUAAAAUACCGAAUCCUGGGAGCGAAUUAAUCUCAGACUUCAGCACAGUUGAAGACGUAUGCCUGUCUCGGAAAGAUAUGUGCUUAUCCUUGCACACUGCAGUAAUGGAUGGUUCACCCACCUUGUUUUCACCACAGGAGAGCAUUACCGACGGAACUGAAAUGGACAGGCUGUUGCCACCUGCAGAUUUGGUCAUAUACACAGUCUUGGAGGAAAGCUACAAGAGUCAAGUCCCUGCCAACAGUGUGUUGCCAGAACAGCCGAUAUCUUCAACUGUUCAAGAAACAAACACAGGCGACCAGGGAUCUGGGCAAAACACAGACGAUGAAGAAGAAGAUAACUGGUGGCAACCAAAUACUGAUGAAAAUGACCUGUUGCAACAAAUAAUUAAAGAUAAUCCAUAUUUGAAUAACUCCUCAAAUAUAACAGAGUCGCAAAAUGAACCUGACCCAGAUGGUUCAAUUAAUUCAGAGUUUGGUAAUUCUUCUCAAGUGGACAUGAUAAUGCCUGAAGAUACUGGAACUCUGGAUCAGAACCAGUACAAUGCUCACCAUGAUAACCAUCCAGUUAAACCAGUGCAAACGUAUAUUACCCUGGAAUUACUGGGGCUAAAACUCAACAAAGGAAUAUAAGUGACCAAUCUGCAGGAAAACAUUUUUUUUACCACAGGAACCUCAUAUUUUCAGAAGCACUAACAGAAGAAAUACACAGCUGGGCUGCAGGGAUGUAGAAAAUAGAAAGUUAAUUGAUGUUUCUCCAGUUCUGACAGAACAUUAAUCAAUUCUUGUCACUUAAGGAUUUUUUUCAUAUUUUUAUCUCAAUAUCUGCAGUUGUUUCUUUUUUAUAUAUAGCUAAUUUCUUCACAGUUUAACUGCAACUGUUCCCAAGGAAUAUUUAUGGUUGUCAGAAUUACUACAAAAAUAAUCAUUCAUAAAAGAGACUCAGAUUUAAUUAACAUUUCAGUACCCACCAGCAAUAAAAUCACGGCUUUGGCUCUGUCCCAACAGAUAAACUGGUGAAAAUACUCAGGAACAGCACAAGCAAGAAGCUAAAGCUGAGAAUCUUUUUAUUACUGCACAAUUGCUCGUGACAAUCUAUUCCCUUGCCAGCUGGGCUUAUAUUAUUGCCACGUAAUAUUACAUCAAAGCAUGCGUUACAAUUUAACAAGAUGAUGAUCAUGAAAGUGAUGGGGAAAUUUUUUGGAGCUAAAUAAAUAAAAAGAUUAUGAUUUAUUUGGUUGUAGUGAAAAAGCAAUGGCAAAUAAUAUAAUGGAUCGCAUCCGAAAAUUAUCAGUGCAGUUGAAGUAAUAAAACCUGUUAUUGGGCCGCUCUUGGGCUGACCCCAGCAACAUCCUCCGGCUGAAAAAAUGCCUCCAACAAUUUGUCACUUGUCCAGUCCUGACACAUACCUGACUUCCACUGUUCCCUUUGUUACCAUGCCAACCGCUGCCUAGGCCAUACAGGCAGUAAUUCCGUGCCUCAAUCUCUCCACUUCUACCUCUGGUUCUGUUUUUUGCUCUGCUUUUUUGUGUAAAUGUUGUUUAAUAAUGCUCCUCUAGUGAGCAUUUUGAUUCUGUUAAGUGGCAAGUUCUCCAGCCAGCUGUUGAUUUUCUGUUGUGCAGCAUUGAUCCCAGUCUAACUCACUGCUCAGGUCAUUUAAAAAUAUAUAUAUAUUAUUCACUAUAGUUUUCCGAGAACGUUUGAGGAAAUAAGGAAGGAAGGACAUCCCAAAGUAUUUUACACUAAAUAUCUUGCUGUCAAUGCAUAGUCACAGGUGUGAACUUACGACAUGAGAAGCCUAAUUCAGUCUGGAGUAGUGGGUUUCCCUUUAAAAGGGGCUGGCCAGAGACUUACCAAAAAAACAGCCUACUUCAGCUAAAGGGCUAUUGCAGCAGGUUGCAAGGGAGCGCCACCACCUGCAAGUUCCCUUCCCUGUGAGAUGCCUUCCUGACUUGUAAAAAAGACAGAUUAUGAAACCAUUAUUACCACUGUGCCUGACUGUUGGAACGUAGCAGCACUUGCAGCAGUAUCUUCACAGACGGCCUUGCUGUGAUGCUCACGUGUACAUGAACAAAAAUAACUUGUGUUAUCAAGCCGUAACGAAGGCAAUGAAAAUCUAGUCCAAUGGUUUUUUUGUAUACUUAUUUUGACAUUAACACUGGAAAUAUGCACAUGUCUGAUAUGAUGGAUAUACAUGAAUCACCUAUUUGCUCAUUUAUUUUUGCUACAAUUCUGCUGAGCCAUUCUGUCCCAGAAUGAUCUGGGACACUGAGUUAUGUGAUAUUAAACAGAAGAGUAUUAUUGUCCUCUGCAUUCAUGGGAGAGUUUCUGUUUCCGGUGCAGUCACAUGAACUUUGUAGGAAGGAAGAAGGGUGCUUGUGGACUGGAGCAGCCUGAGUGUACGAAUGGCCCACUGACAUCUAUUGGCGACACAGGAUAGAACAUAUACCAAAGAACAGUGCGGUGCAAGAACAGACCCUUUGGUCCACCACAUGAUGGCCAACCAUGAUGCCAAUCCAACUAUUCCCAUCUGCCAGCACAUUAUUAUAUCCCCCUAUUCACUGACUGUUCCUAUGCUUGUCUAAAUACCUCUUAAACAUUGCAAUUCUAUCUACUUUACCAUUUUCCAGGCAUCUAAUACUCUCUGAAUUUAAAAAAACUGCUUUGUACAUUUCUUUAAAACUUUCCCCCUUUCACUUUAAAUCUUUAAUUCCUCCCUUUCAUUUAUAUAGCACUAUAAAUGCCCUCUGGUAUUUUGUAUUUCCACCCUAGGUGAGGAAGUCUGAAUAUCUAGCUCAUCUAUGUCCCUCAUAACUUUAUACACUUCUGUCAGGUCGUCCCGACGUUCUAGCGAACACAAUUCAAGUUCCCCCAACCUCUCCAGGUAACCUCUUCAGCACCCUCUCCAAAACCUCCACAUCCUUUCUACAGUGUGGCACCCAGAACUGCACAGAAUACUCAAAAUGCAAUUUAAUCAAAGUUUUAUAUAGCUGCAACAUGUCCUGUUUAAUGCUUUACUGAAGUCCAUGUAGACAACAUUCAAUGCCCUAACUUUGUCAAUCACU